AUAAUCUUGAAUAGUGUUUGGUCAUAUAGUUCGCGAUCAAGAGUUUAGAACAUUUGUUAUAUAAAUAUCGUGUCGCAGGCGUGCGUUCAUUUUCACAGAUGGCGGUAUUAGCAGUGGUACUACUUCUAGCAUGCCUGGAGAGAGCGGUUGCACAGACGUUCGGCUGCUCUAACACCAAGAUCAAUGACCAGGCUCGUAAGAUGUUCUAUGAUGCUCACAAUGAUGCAAGACGAAGCAUGGCUAAAGGGCUUGAGCCAAACAAGUGCGGACUCUUAUCUGGUGGAAAGAAUGUUUAUGAAUUGAAUUGGGAUUGCGAGAUGGAAGCAAAAGCUCAGGAAUGGGCAGACGGAUGUCCCAGCUCUUUCCAGACAUUUGAUCCAACAUGGGGGCAGAACUACGCGACGUACAUGGGAUCGAUUGCUGAUCCGCUUCCAUACGCUUCCAUGGCUGUUAAUGGGUGGUGGUCGGAAAUUAGAACCGUAGGACUUACGGAUCCUGAUAACAAGUACACUAACAGUGCAAUGUUCCGAUUUGCUAAUAUGGCAAAUGGUAAAGCUUCAGCUUUUGGAUGUGCAUACGCGUUGUGCGCAGGAAAACUAUCCAUCAAUUGCAUUUACAACAAGAUAGGAUACAUGACCAAUGCUAUCAUUUAUGAAAAAGGAGAUGCCUGUACCAGUGACGCUGAAUGCACCACCUACUCAGACUCACAAUGCAAAAACGGUCUUUGCUAUAAGGCACCUCAAGCUCCAGUCGUUGAGACUUUCACAAUGUGCCCUUCGGUCACGGACCAGUCGGAUCAGGCGCGUCAAAACUUCUUGGACACCCAUAACAAAUUGCGUACAAGCCUUGCCAAGGGACUUGAAGCUGAUGGAAUUGCCGCUGGAGCAUUUGCACCAAUGGCCAAGCAAAUGCCAAAACUGAAAUACAGCUGCACAGUUGAAGCAAACGCCAGAACAUGGGCAAAAGGAUGCCUUUACCAGCAUUCAACAAGCGCACAGAGACCAGGACUCGGUGAAAAUCUUUAUAUGAUCAGCAUUAACAACAUGCCUAAAAUUCAAACCGCGGAGGACUCCUCAAAGGCUUGGUGGUCCGAGUUGAAAGACUUCGGAGUCGGUUCUGACAACAUUCUGACCCAAGCAGUUUUUGAUCGUGGCGUUGGACAUUACACACAAAUGGCAUGGGAAGGAACUACUGAAAUUGGAUGUUUUGUGGAGAAUUGUCCAACAUUCACUUAUUCCGUAUGCCAAUAUGGUCCAGCCGGAAACUACAUGAACCAACUAAUCUAUACCAAGGGCUCACCAUGCACAGCUGACGCCGAUUGCCCAGGAACCCAGACAUGCAGUGUCGCUGAAGCAUUAUGUGUUAUCCCUUAGUAAAUUUUCUAUGCAACUCUUUGAAAGUCAUAAUAAAUAUGCAAAAAUUACU